ACAACAACAACAACAACAACAGCCUAUGACACAAACCAACUUGAUAUCACCUAUGCAAAACUUAAACUUACAGCCACAGCCACCACAAGGAACCAUUCAUGGCAAGCCACGUCGUGUCUAUGCAGUGAAUCCUGAACUUACCAGCACGACAGCUACUCCACCUGUCCCACAGAAAGGUCCUUGGCCAAACAGCCUUCAGCCACCUUUACAAGGAACACCAUCACCCGUUCGACCUCAUGCAUCUGCUGCUGCUGGUGUAGGCUAUACCAAUGCCCCUUACACUCACUCAGAACAGCCUUUACCUCCCGAGCUUCGACCACCUACUCAACCUCGGCCCAGAAUUGAUCCUGAUCAAAUGCCUGCUCCGGUUCAAGUAAGGGAGCAAGAUCAGGAGAUAUUUGAAGGCAAGUUCUUUGGCACAUUAGAAAGAGAUCGUGUGCCACUCGCGACAACUCAGUUUAUUGCGUUAGAUCAAGGAAAUUGUAGCUCACGCUUUAUGCGUUCAACUAUGGAUCGUAUACCAUUCAGCAAAGAACUCGCUGACAAGUCCAAACUACCAUUGGGUUUAGUGAUUCAACCUUUAGCCAAAAAUAAACCAGAGGAAGUACCUGUGCAGGUUGUAGAUCAUGGACCGGAUGGACCGAUCAGAUGCAGCCGUUGUCGAGCUUACAUCAACCCCUGGUGCCAAUUCACUCACGGAGGAUCUAGAUUUGAAUGUAAUGUCUGUGCACAUCUGAAUGAGGUGCCGUCUUGGUAUUUUGCCAAUAUCGAUAUGUCCGGUCGACGUAUCGAUGCGAACGAGCGACCCGAGCUACGAUAUGGAACGGUUGAAUUUGAAGUACCCAAGGAGUACUACUCUACCAGACAACCCGCUCCGUUGACGUAUGUCUUUGCUAUUGAUGCUUCCGUCUUGGCCAUCCAGAGUGGUAUGCUUCAAGCGGUGUGUGAAGGAAUAAAGACAGCAUUAUAUGAUGAUCAUGGAAAUGCAAAGAUGAAGAAUCGAAUUGGUAUAAUCACAUUUGACAAGGACGUUCAGUUUUAUAAUUUAUCGGCUUCCUUAUCAAGUGCUCAAAUGCUUGUUGUUUCUGAUAUUGCAGACAUGUUUGUACCUCUUCAAGAUGGAUUCUUGGUCGAUCCUGCGGAAUCCAAAAAUGUUAUUAUAGAACUGUUGAAUACGUUGCCACACAUGUUUAAAGAUACCAUAAGACCAGAAUCUGUAUAUACAUCUGCUGUUCGAGGAGGCCUCCAAGCAUUGAAAGAAACAGGUGGCCAUCUCUACAUUUUCCAAACAUGCCUUCCCAACUAUGGUCCUGACGCGUUGAAGCCUCGUGAUGAUAAAUCGCUGUACGGCACAGAAAAGGAAAAGAACUUGAUAACCCCACAAAGCGACAAAUACAAACAACUUGGAGAGGAGUGUGUAAAGAAUGGUGUCUGUGUCAACACAUGGGUCUUCCCAUCUCAGUAUAUGGAUCUAUCUACCGUCCGUAUGGUAUCACACCUGACAGGGGGAGAUCUGCGCUAUUAUCCUGGAUUUAAAUUGGGCGACAAGUACAGCGUGCUUUACCAGCUGAACCACGAUCUGCACCGAGAGACAGGGUUCGAUGGUGUGCUCCGUGUUCGAUGUUCUGACGGAUUACAAGUCAUGGAUCACUAUGGUGCAUGCCACAUGAGUACUUAUACCGAUGUGGAUCUGGCAGGUAUAGAUGAAGACAAGGCUCUUGUAGCUGUGAUGAAGCACGAUGGUAAACUAGAUCUUAAUCGCGGAGCCUCGUUCCAGUGUGCUUUGCUCUAUACCACACGGGAUGGCAGACGUCGUGUACGUGUACACAAUCUUCACUUGACUGCUACUUCACAAAUAUCGGACGUCUUCCGUUACGGCGAUGUAGAUGCUACAAUGAGCGUAGUGUUGAGGCAAGCUAUCUUUAAUCUCCUCCAGAAGAACAGAAAGGAGAUUCACUCUAAAUUGACAGAUGCCUGUGUAGACAUUCUAACAGCCUAUCGUAACAAUUGUGCUUCUUCUACAUCGCCUGGUCAAUUGAUCCUACCCGAGGCCUUCAAACUGCUUCCUGUCUAUGUACACGGCGCCAUCCGAUCGACUGUGCUGAGAGGAGUGGGCAUUGAUAUGAACAUUGAUACAAGAGCAGCUGGUAUGAGCCUAUUUAAUUCACUAAGCGUUACAGAGUUGGUGUGGACAUUAUAUCCCAGAAUGUUUGCACUACACAAAUUGCGCCCAGAAGACGGAACGAUUGAUACGAAAGGACAAGUCAAACUACCUUGCAUGAUACGCACAUCGUAUGAGCGAUUAGAGGCAGAUGGAGCCUAUCUUGUUGAUACUGGCUCAAGUUUAUUCUUUUGGCUUGGUCAGAAAAUAUCACAGAAUUUCUUACAAGAGGUGUUUGGAAUAUCAACAUUGGAUCAAAUAGAUCCAAAUAUGAUUGCUUUACCUGCAUUCAAUACAGAUUUAUCACAAAAGAUUCAUCAUAUCAUCAGACAGCUACAAUCUCAGAGAGAAAAGUAUCUGAGGCUUGUUAUCGUUCGCCAAGAAAAGGAUGCAGUCGAAUUCCUAUUCUCUACUUGGAUGUCUGAAGAUCGCAACGCCGAAGUUCAAACUUAUGUUGAUUACAUGUGUGUUUUACAUCGCAAGAUUCAGGAAGAAAUGAAGAGACUGAACAACUAAUAAUAAAGAUAUACAUAUAUUUAUUUAUUCAGAUGACUUGUGAAUGAUACAGGCUUAUCUUUGAAGCGACUAAACGCUUCUUGUGCUGCGGUUGAAUUGUCUUUUUUAAUGGUUGAAUUAUACAAUACUGAGUUGAAGCCAAAAUAAGUUCCUUGUGAUAUCGCUGUAUAAGAAGGAGGUCCUUCACCCCAGCCGUCGUCCUUGUCAUUACAAGUGGGCUGUGGUAAGUAUUGUGUUUCUUGUUUUGUUGUCUUGUUUUCUUCUAUUGAAAACAUAGGAAGUGUCUUUUUGAUAACAAGGUGUGUGCCUUUCAGUUCCUGUGCCAACUUUUCUUCAUCGGAAGAUAUUGAAAAUUUACUUAGAUCAAGUGGAUUCAUAACAAAAGAA